AAUCAUUUUAUUUGGUUUAAUUAAACAACCAAUGAACUACAUUCAUACGUGAGCAAAGUGUAUCAUUACUUAGUCAUCGUUUCCGGGCUAAUUUCACAUAUCCUUGUGCAUUCUAUAAGAUUUCGUGUUACUUGGACGAAGAUCAAGUACUUGGAACGCUUUAGAUCCUUCAUUAGAAUUAUUCACUGACAUUUCGACAUUAUUUUGUUUGCAGGGAUGGCGACAUACCGGAAGUACGGUAUAAGUGGAUUUAUAAAUAGAUUUAUCACUUCCUCCUUCUUAAUGGUUAUAUUAUGUAAACAAGUCACGAGCAAAAACGAAACAUGUGGAGACGGUCGGUAUUAUACCAGUGAUAAGAAGGGGUGUAUGGACUGUGGUAAUUGUUUGGGUAAUAGUAUAUGCAAAUCAGAGAACGGACAUUGCCAAUCUGGGUGUGCUGCAGGAUACCAACCACCAUUAUGUAAAUCAGAGUGUGAAGAAGGAACAUUCGGUGGUGAUUGUGGAGGAAUUUGUCUAACCGGGUGUAAGAAUGGUCAAUGUAAUAGGGUAACGGGCAUUUGUAAUAAUGGAUGUAUUUCAGGAUAUUUGGGGAAAUUAUGUAAUGUGGAGUGUCCUGUUGGUAGCUAUGGCGAUGGUUGUAUCAAUAGAUGUAGUGAUGGAUGUAAUAAUACAUGUGAUUUUCAAACCGGAAAAUGUGGUUGUAAGAUAGGCUAUAAUGGUACUUUAUGUCACGAAUGCCCCGUGGGUACAUAUGGUAUGGAUUGCUUGAGUUCCUGUGAAAAUUGUCCAAGUGGUGUCUGUGAUCGUCUGAAUGGAUCGUGCCCGUAUUCUCAACAAAUAAACACAGACACAUAUUGUUCUGAAUGGAUUAUCUAUGGGAUACCGAUAGUUAGUGUUGUCAUAGCGGUAAUAGUAAUUAUAAUAGCAGUCCUCUGUGUGGCUCGUACAAACAGAACUGCAAGGAAGCACUCGUUGGCAGAAGAAAAACUGGGUUAUGUACAUUGUAAGUUAAAUACAUUCCAUGGCCGUACCCAGGGAUGUGUUGUCAACAGCGCAGCUGACGAUACAACAGAUAAUGUACCUGACCCAUCUCCCCCACAAUCUGGAGAGUCUGACAUAAGGAUAACAUUUUCUUCACAUCAAAGCGAUACUCUAUCCAAGAAGAACAAGUCAUUUACAACCAGCGACGAAGAUGGUUACAUCAGAUCCAUAAGUAAUGUAGCCGUCAAGAAGACCAAUGCAAGUACAACUAGCGAAGAUGAAGGUUACAUCAAGUCCGAACGUUAUGUAGGCUUCAAUUUUUCGCAGGGUGUCGUUUCCGCUAAACCAUCCAACGUCAAUGCUAACGAUGAUGGUGAGAACUAUAUGAACGUCAUUACCCAACCACUUCCGGGUCAGGGAGAAGAACUUUACGUUAACAUAACCGAUUUGGAAGAAACUCCAUCGACUCCAAUCUACGAAAACUAUCGUAAAGAUGUUAGAUAAACCAGUAAAUUUUGAGCCAUGUGAUUGACACGGUGUAUCUAAUUAUUGUAUUAUCUGUUACCAUCAGUGCGCGGGACUGGGGUUCGAUCCGAGUGUUGACCGCGAAAGCCUCUCUGAUCAGUGGCGCAGAAUGUAGAGCCUGACCAAUUUAGAGCCUAGUCGUUCGUGUGAUAUUACAUUACCGACAUCUCGUGUCCCUUGUCCCGCGCGAUGGAAUUCGAUAAAGCAUAGGCGGAAGCGCCGCUGCCAGGAAAAAAAACCCCUCAUAGCACACUGCAUGACGAAAUGCCUUUCUGAAAUAUCCCAGUUGGUGCUAGUCUCUAUCAUCCAGAAAAAUAUUCUACGAAUAUUAGUCUAGAUGCGUUGUCAACAUUUGAGAAUAAUAGGUCAUUGGCUAGAUUAUCCGGUCUUUUACAUUAUCACAAACAAAGUCUAAGGGAUGUAACUAGUCCCAAUACAAGAUGUUGAUGCCCAUUAAAUUCAUUUAAGAAUGCUAUUUCAGAAAAUCCGCUUGAGUACCUCACGACUCACGAUUCAUAUUUGUUUACACUAGUGCAAGAAUUAUGAGAUUUAUUACGGGAAGGGCACAACUCUUACUUGACUAGGCCAAAGAUUGCCAACAACAUAAAAAUCCAAAAUCCUGGUUACGCAUGGGCAAUGAAACUUUUCGUCAAAUAUUGACAACCGUCCUAGACCGUACGUUGAAGACUAGGAGGUUCUAGAUGAUCGAGACUAGGUUGGUACAGAAAAGUAGCCCCAUUGCAUUUCAUGUGUACAGUUGAUUUAAAUCAAGACAUUUCAAUUUCUGAAAAGUCAGUUAAAAUUUAAGAAAUGGCAUUUUAAAAUGCGGGUCGGAAUUUAAAAUUUAAUUUUAUUUUCGAAUUGUGUACUUUAAAGAUUUGACUUAGUAACGUUCAUUAACUUGGAUAACAUUUCUUUGAGCAAGAUGCAUUAAGUUAAAAGCUGAAUGGAUCCUGUAUUACGGAGGCAGACCACAGUUCAAUUUCACGAUUUGUAGUAAGUCUAAAUAUAGCAAUUCGCCCUGUUUCUAUUUUCUCACCCUUUUCAUGACUAUUUUUGUUGAUUUUUUGGUUUAAAAUCCAAGAACAUUUUCUGCCAGGUUUUGGUAGAGUUAUUCCCCCUGUCACGAUUACUCUUCUUCUGGGUUCCAGUAUGGUUAGAUCCGUUAGCUCUAUUUGAUAAUGUUUGAUCAAAGGUCACGAGAUGUAAACAGGGCUAGUGCUAAUCCCAACACUAUUCCUAACCCUGGACCUAGCCCUAAUGCUUAAGGUAAGCCUAACCUACAAUUUCGCCAACACUUACACGUGCCCUAACCUUAUUUACAUCUCAGCAACCUUGACGAGCUACCAAACCCAACUACCCGUGCGGCGGGGUGUGAGGUAGGCUGAACUUAAACGUGGGUCGUUUUGAAAAAUUGUACAUAAUGUUACGUACAUAUUAGAGCUCCGCGUCUACUGUUUUGGGAAAGUUUUCAUUAGGUUUUUACUUAUUGGGCACUGACAUGUCUUUUUUUAAUUUGUGAAUAGCUUAGAAACAUUCAAUCUGAUUAAAACACAGAUCCUAUUUCGUUUUUAUAGUUGAAAAUUUCGUUUUACUUGUCUUUACUAUACUAGGAUCUAGAAACUUUAUUAUCAUUGACGUGUUUGAAUAGGUUAGGUAUUAACCAACGAAACGAUCUGUUACGGCGAUCUUUAGGCGUGUUUUGCACGGAAAUUUGGGUAAUCCACUAGUAACAUCAAUGCGGAUUGGUUAAUCAAAUGUCUGACGUCAUAGAGUCAAACGCCUCUCGUAUGACCCCUGACGCGACCUAUCGCAACAACCGGUCAGAUCUUCAUGUAGUGUAGGCCAUCGGAAGUAUAAAAAAACGAAACGAAAUAUAGAUCUGUAUUUUAAUCAGAUUGAGAAACAUUGUACAUAAUUGUUCAUGUUUGCAUGGUCUAUUUAAAAAAAGUUUCAUUUUUAUUAAAAGUUUCAUCGUUGAAUAACAACAUAUACUAAUAAUGAUGUCUUUGCUUUCCAAGUUGUAUCAAUGGGCGUAUUGUAGUGUCUUUUGCGGUUGGCGAGAUAUAUGAAUUGUUUAACAGCAUAUAUAAGUAAAUCGGGCCUUGACUGCGGGCUAAUGGUCAAUCUGUUUCACAGUGACAUUGUGAAGGCCUUCUUGUUAUACCUAUGCAUGUUCUAGAAUUAAAUUGCAGAAGGAAAAGGUUAAUAUUGUGAGCUCAUUGACCUACACCGAUGUCACCCCUUUCAGUGAUAUUAGUCGCCUAGCGAAUAUUAACUGCUGAUCAGUGCGGCUAAGGCGGCCCACCGGAACAUACUUAGUUGAUAUUUACGCUGCUCAAUCCUCAUUAUGCUUACUGGAUCAUUAGUUUUUUGCCAUUGUAAAUUGAUGUGAUUAGCCGAUUUCAUUAGGAUAAUUUUAAGACCAGCUGCAUAUUUGGUCAAAGGUCACGGGUUGUAAACAGGGCUAGCGCUAACCCUAACCCUCACCCUAUGCUUACACCUAGUCCUAGCCCUAACUUUACCCCACAAUCUCGUCAACAAUCACGUGUCCUAAACCUUUUUACAUCUCGCGACUUUGACGAAAUCUGCAGUUAGCUUUAGUAUUUAAAUCUGACCACCGACAGCGGCAUUUCCACCCUCUCUUCGUGGAAAUCCAAUUAAAAGCGUGCACCACAGUGCGUACACCGAAGGUUUUCCGUCCCAUCCUAACGUCCUAACGACUAGCAGACGCUACUACCCUUUACAAAUGAGAACCGAACUUGAAACAACGAGAUUCUUCUUAUCCCUCACCGGGGUUUGAGAACCUAGGCCAUGGACUGCUCGCCCCCCCCCCCCCCCACAUUGAAAUGAAUAAUAUAAUUUUGAAAAUAACCCGUAAUUCACCUUGUUCGUCCAGGGUAAGAACUAUAUUAUAUAUAUAUAUUAUUUGAUAACAGAUGGGGGCACGGUGGCUCAUUGAGUCAGACGUUGGUUCGCUGAUCUGGAGAUCCGGCGUUCGAUCAGUAUGUUGACCGAGGAAGCUCAUCGCUAUUUCCCCUUGUCAGUUUUGCAGGACGAAGGGCCUGGCAAGGGGCCUGGCAAGGGCCAGGCAAGGGACAACAUAAAGUUGUUCGGAUGUGACGAAAACCUGAGGUUGCGUACUCCCGUUACAAAUUGGCGUGCACAUGGAAUAAAAGUAGGUCGUAGCGCCGCUGUCCGUUCCAAUUUUCCCUCAUAGCACCCUGUGUGGCGUAUGUCCGUCUUUAUUAGCCCAGUCGGAGCAGAACCAUAGGACGUUAAACCCCAUUUCAUUUCAUGUUAGGAGCAUGUUAAACUCUGAACCCCUAAUAAAUAAAUCAAAGUUGGUUAGAUUUAAACAUCGGUAGAUUAUAGAUUUAGGAUCUUAGGUUAAACAAAACGAAACGAAUUAAUCAUACGGGGUGGAUCGUAGUUGACAUUCUUUUGUUGAUUUAGAUAAUACCGACUUCAAUUCGUUUCUCAUUAAUAAAAUAUUGAUAAAAUUUGUGACAGGGCAAUCUCACAAUUAAAUGAUUCAAUUCUUGUUACUUCGCUUUAUCACUGUUCUACUUCUGUCAUAAAAAAACACGAGUCUUUAGACUGUUACCGUUUUCUCUUAAAUAAAAGUAUGGGAGUCUUUAGACUGUUACCGUUUUCUUGGGGUAAAACCGCGGAACUCUUUAGGCUGUUACCGUUUUCUUUAAUUAAGCCACGAGAGUCUAUAGACUUUUACCGGAUUCUUUAAGUAAAACCACAGUAAUCUUUAGGCUGUUACCGUUUUCUUUAAUUAAGCCACGAGAGUCUAUAGACUUUUACCGGGUUCUUUAAGUAAAAUCACAGUAAUCUUUAGACUGUUACCGUUUUCUUUAACUAAAACCGCAGAAUUCUAUAGACGUUUACCGAGUUCUUAAAGAAAAACCACAGUAAUCUUUAGACUUUUGCCAAUUUCUUUUAUGUAAAACCAUAUUAGUCUAUAGUCCGUUACCGUUUUCUGUUAAGUAAAACCACGUGAGUUACUGUUACUGUUUCCACCCAGACACGUUAAACUACGUUAUAUUUCGAUAAUGUUUCAAGCCUGUUUGAUUUAAAAGCGUUGAUAGCCAUUUGCAUUUUACGGAUUAUACUAAAAUUAACUAUUCAAUCAAGAAAGCAAAACCAAACGGAUUAAAAAGAGGCCUAUCAAAAGAUUUUACUCAACACUUAUAUGCGGCGCUGGCUUGUUAAAUAUCACCUGCAGUUGGUACCGAUGAUCCAAAAUUUCCAAAUAAUCAUAUUGUUGUAAAUGCCGAACAGAACUGAACCAUUCAAAUUCCUCAACAAAAAAAAAAAAACAAAAACAAAAAAAAAAGACAAGCAGCUUUAAUAAGUGAAUAAAUAAUUCAUUUUUGCUAUAAUAUUAUAUAUCUAAAGAGUUUUUAAACCAUUUGUCUACGUUUGUUUCAGAGACAUUUUUGAUUAGGCCUACAUGAUGAUUUUUGUUUUGAAAAUACGAGGAUGCUCAUUGGUCCGAAUUGAAUGCAUAAAAGGCGUUCCGAAUGAGAAGAUCCCUAUUGACUUCCAUUGAAAUGAAAUGGGGUUUAACGUCCACUUCCAUUCAAAGUCUGUGACAUAAUAUGAUAUAGUGCAAUUUUAGUUACCACAAUGUGCAAAAAAAAUCUAUGUUUUCCCCAUCGUUUUAAAGGACUGUGUGGUAUCCACUAGAUAUAAUUGGUUAUAUAUCUAUAUAUUGGCUUAUCGACCCGUGCAGCUGUUAUAGCGCCUUCUAUUUCAGUACACAAUAACCAAUUUUCAUUUUUUGCGUCACUUCCGGAAUCCCCAAACCACUUCUAUGUAAAAAAUUAUAUUUGUCACAUCCAUUAUAAAUUGAGUGGAUACCAACAUUGUUCUUUAAUAAAUUUCGACAUACAUGUUCUCUUAUUGGAAAAUGAAAUGGGGUUUAACGUCAUACUCGUAGAGUCUUACGGGUAGACUAAUCACCGGAACUCACCGGAAUUCAUUUACAAUCACCGGAAUUCAUAUACCAUCACCUGAAUUCACCGAAAUUCACUUUGAAGAUAUCAGAAUUCGCCCGUAAAAUCUUCCUAUUUACUAUGACAAAGAUGGUGUUCUAUUAUGACCAUAUAUUUUAUUUAUUUGAUGUAAUAUUGAAUUCUGUAUAUUUAUACUAUAGUUACUACGGUAGAUACAUGAAUUCGGACCGCAGGUUUAUAACCGAGAGUUUGUUUUUUUGUAUAAAUGGCAUAUAAUAUUAUUUUAUAUAUUAAUGGCGUGAAAUUUUGUAUAAAUUGUAUAAAUUGUAUAAAUUUUAUAAAUUGUAUAAAUUGUAUAAAUUUUAUGAAUUGUAUAAAUUUUAUAAAUUGUAUAAAUUUUAUAAAUUGUUUUCUAAUUGAAUAAAUUGUUU